CCGAGGAUGUGCUUGGGUUGGACUUCCGGGUUAUAAUGGCGGCGUCCCUGGCCGCGGCCGGAAGAUGCCGCUUGUGGUGCUGUGCGGGCUGCCGGGCAGCGGGAAGAGCCGCCGGGCCGAGGAGCUGCGGGGGGCGCUGAGCGGGGAGGAGCGGCCGGUGCACGUGGUGGCCGAGGCGGUGGGGGGCCGCGCGGCGUUGCGGGCCGAGGUGGAGCGGCGGCUGAGCCGGCGGGACGUGGUGAUCGUCGACGCGGGGAACGAGCUGAAGAGCUUCCGCUACGAGCUCUACUGCGUGACCAAGCACGCGGGCACGCCGCAUUGCCUGCUGCACUGCGCGGGGGGCGCCCCGCACCCGUCCGCGGGCCCCUUCGAGACCCCGGACUCGCGGAACCGCUGGGACCGGCCCCUCUUCACCGUGCACGGGCAGGAGCCGCUGCCGCUGGCGGAGAUCCGCGGCGCCCUCUUCGAGAGCAGGCCGCCCCCGCCCAACCAGUCCACCCGCUCGCAGCCCCUGCAGUCCGCCGGCUUCCUCCACCAGCUGGACCGGGUCACCCAGGAAGUGCUGGCUGCCGUGCUGGCUGCCCAAAGGAGCGGGGCCCAGCCUGGGGAGCUGAUCCAGGUGGCUGGGGCCAGCGAGGGGCUGGUGCUGAACCGGCCCCUGGGCAUGGCUGAGCUGAGUCGGCUCCGCAGGCAGUUCAUCAGCUACACCAAAAUGCACCCCAGUGAGGAGAACCUGCCCCAGCUGGCCAACAUGUUCCUGCAGUACCUGAGCCGCAGCAUCCAGUGACCCCUGUAGUCUCCCCAGUCCCGCGUCUGAACAGGAGGGCUGGCUAAUGGGGUCCAGUCGCUGGGAGCCGCCACACACCCCAAAAUAAGAGUCUAUGCCAAUGGGAACUUGGCUCUCCCUAGUCAUUGUUCUCCAGUGCCUGGACCAGGAAUUUGUGCUGAUAGACAGGAGGAGGGCCCUGCAUUAGUCAUCAUCAGAGCAAGAGUAUCCAGCCAGAGUGGGUAUGGGGAACCAGCUGUGGUGGUCCAUGAUAUCUGCUAACAGGAGUUGUGGGUGUGCACACACACCACUCCCCCCUAAUAGCAGCCUCAGCAUCUGAGUAGGAAUGCCUAAUAAGGGGAGCAACAGGCAGCUAGCCAUCAAAUCCUCAAGCAUCCAAAAAGUCUACUAAUGGGGGUUAUGGAGAGCCAAACCCCACUAACCAUAUGGUCUCUGCCGUAUCCAAAGAGGAAUGCUACAGGAGAGCUGAGCUCUCAUGCUGCUGCAGCAUCUUAAGGAAGGACAAUCUUUCGUCUGGGUUUUUUCUAAAUAAGGCAAGGAUAAGAUGGAUACAUCAAACUGUACAAAGGAGGCUUUGCUGCUCCGGGAUUGGGACUUACAGCCUUUUUAAAAACUGCUGGUGUUUUCAAAAGUUUUUCUGAACCCAAGAAAUUGGUCUUCAAAGUUUGGACAGUGGAAACAUGCUUACUUAGUGAACUCAAAUGUCUGGUUCUUUUUUGAAAUCCUGUGCCUGGGAUGGAAUGAAAUAAAAAUAUUUAAUUUACUUUCAAAA